AUGUCGCGCUCUACGGAUUCUGGCGGCGCAACGGCCGAUGCGCCCUCACUUCCCUGGAGGGCCUUGUCCUCCACCACCAUUUUCGGGGUUGCCGCAUUAUGCCGCUCGUUUCUGUUCCUCUGCAGUCGGCCACAGGCAAAUGGAUUGGAUCAGUUCCUCGAGCUCCUCGACUCGAGGAGUGAUCCCUCGCAGAGAACCAGAGGCUUGCUCACAGUUUCGAAUCAUACCAGCGUGAUGGAUGAUCCGAUCAUGUGGGGAUUUCUGCCAAUGCGAUAUAACUUCGGGCUUGCGUCCUGGAAUAAACGAUGGGGGUUUGGAAGCCACGACAUCUGCUAUCAGACUAGGCCGUUAGCACUUUUCUUCACUAUGGGCCAAGUCCUGCCCACACACCGAUCGGCUCAUUCGCAAUACGGUGGCCUCGCCCAGCCUGUCGUCACUCAGGCGAUCCGACUCCUGUCGAAGGGGCCAUUCCCCGCUGACCCUCAUCUCGCUAUCCCCGAACGUCAAUCGUGGAGUCUACAGAAUGUCUGCGUCGAUCCGUUUUCCGAUCUCCCCACAGCGUACACCACCGACGGCCAUGACUCCCAUCUAUCGCCGUCCUCUUACGCCUGCAACUCAUAUUCCUGGUUCCACAUAUUCCCAGAGGGGAAGAUCCACCAAGCGCCGAACAAGACUAUGCGCUAUUUCAAAUGGGGCGUGGCACGACUUAUCCUCGAGGCUAGCGAAUGCCCGGAUGUGGUGCCGAUAUGGCUAGAGGGCUUUGACCAGGUCAUGCACGAAAGCCGCGAAUUCCCACGGUUCCUGCCUCGUGUCGGAAAGGAAGUCAGCAUCACUUUCGGGGAGAAAGUAGAUAGAGAGGCGGUUUUCGGGGAAUACAGAAGGCGUUGGCAGAUGAUCAGGGCCAAAGCUGAACGCGUAGCCCCGGAGACUCGCGACUUGCCGUUUGGAGUGCUAAACGACCAGCUUUUAUAUGACCCCGAAGCAGUUGAGCUGCGAAAGGAGGUCACCAAGAAGGUCCGGGAUCUCGUUCUCGAUGUCCGGCGGACUAGGGGAUUGUCGGACGAAGACCCGAAGGAAGGUCUAGUGGAGACAUGGAUGCAAGAGGGCCCUAAGCGCGAGGGUAAGAUGGACGAUGAUUCAUGGCACAAGAAGACCGCCUUUGCGAAACCAGCCAGCACUGCCCACCAUACCCUUGCUUCGUCCGGCCCUCGACACGACCACUAUGACCGUCUUCGCUCAUCCCACGCUUCAUCCUCUUCCGCGGAACAACCCUCCGUCAAUGACCUGAUUCACCACCUUCGCCGCACGCAGGUCUCCAAUGGACCUGAAAGCCCCUUCAGAUUUGUCGCGCCCCGAUCUGUACAUCCCUCUCUACGGAAUCUUCUUGAGCUACCGGAAACCCCGCCUCCUCGGCCCCGUCCGGGAUCGCAACGCCUAGGGAUUGUUGGCUCGCGACGCUUGCGACGGACGGCCGGGCCACCACCACCAGAGAGUUGGCUCCUUGGCAGCCGAGAUGACGCGGAGGAAGAUGAUGUUGAUAUUGCUGCGGCGGAGAAAGAAAGAGUCAUCUACCGAUUAGAUCGUCUACCAGGCACGUCCUACCCUCCCAAGGGCAGCCUUAUCGAUACGGUACUCAGAUCGAUGGCUACAUAUUGGGAUUGGCAUGUUGAAUAUGAUGGUCCGUUCCUGGCAGCUCUUCCAAAUCACCUCAAAGUGCGCCUCCUCAGCUACAUUGCUAUAUAUGCGAAGGACCGACCACUAGGCGGGCUCAUGCGCGGUCUGCGACCUCUAUUCGAGAAGGCCCACGCCAGCGAUAGCCCCGAGAUUCAUCAAGAAAGCGAAUCCGAAGUCAACCGUCUAGACCUAAGCAGCGCCAUCGGUCGAUGGCUAAGCUUGAAACAACUCUCCGCCGAGCUCCUCGUCACCGAAAAACCAAGUGCCAUACAGCGCAAGCCCAAAGAAUCCGUCCCCUCCUCCUGGGAAGAGGAAUACGGCGACGAAGAACAAGAGGGCAACACCACCACCCCAACAGCAAGCAAUCCCACCACUCUCCUCCAUACCCCAUCCCCAACCCUCCGCUUCUCCAACCUCCGCUACCUCUCCCUGGCACAUCCCAAACCUGGCACCGUAAACUGGAACUCCCUCAUAAGCCUCCUCUCCCGCCUCUCAACCAUCACCCACCUAUCUCUCGCCCACUGGCCCAUCCCAACCGUCACCCCGAACGCCAUCAAUGCCCGAAUCCGCCACCCCAAUCACCGCUCCCUAAUCUUCUCCUACGGCGGCACAGACACCUACUCCGCCAGCGAAAACAACUGGGCCGAGGCAGCAGGUAUCCUCCGGCGCCUCUCCCGCGUAACCUACUGCCUGAAAUGGCUCGACCUCGAAGGCUGUGGCGACUGGAUUCCUGCCCUAAAAUGGCAAGACAACGAAUCAAUCUCAACUGCGUACGCCUCCUCAGGCCCAGAAUGGAACACCUCCUGGAGAGACAUUGAAUACAUCCGUCUCGGACCAGGCUGGCUUCCCCAUGUCGAUGACGCCGAGUUACUCCCCGAGAACAGUAUCAGCCAGAGCGGCUCCUCCUCCUCGUCUUUAUCUUCGCCUACCCGCUCCUUGGCCUUUUCGGCGCAUGCGCCGCUCUCACCGCCGCCACCGCAUCCGGCUCUUGCGGGCCGUCUAGGCGAUGCGGAGCCAGCGUCGGAUCUACCUUGGGAUGUAGAGGUCGAGCGGAUUAAGUAUCGGAGGGGGAAGGAGCUAGAGCGAUUCCGGGAGACGGUGCAGGCUGCGAAGGCGGUGCAGCAGUGGGUUUUGAGAUUGAGGAGGGAGGGGAAGGGAAAGUGGGUGCAAUUUUCUUUUGGGUUGGAGGGGAUUGAGGAGGAUGGGUUGAAGAAGUUGUUUGGGAAGGAGUGGGUGGGAAUCUUGCCUUGA